AUGGGGGGUGGGGGGGGGGGGGGGUUGGGUGUGGUUAUUGUGGCGGAGGGUAAAGGUGAGUGGUGUGGAGGUGGGUGUGGGCCGCGCCGGGUUGGUGGGGGGGGGUGGGGUGGGGUCGGGGGGCGGGAGUUUGGGGGGGGGGUGGUGGGUGUGGGAGUGAGGUGGGGGGGUUUGGGGGGGGGGCGGGGCGGGGGUGGCGAGGGGGUGGGCGGGGGGGUCGGUGGGGGGCGUGUGGAUGCGGGAGCCGUACAAGGUAGGGGGGGGGGGGGGGGGGGGGGGGGGGGGGGGGGGGGGGGGGGGGGGGGGGGGGGGGGGGGGGGGGGGUGGGGGGGGGUGGGGGGGGGGGGGGGGGGGGGGGGGGGGGGGGGGGGGGGGGGGGGGGGGGGGGGGGGGGGGGGGGGGGGGGUGGGGGGGGGGGGGGGGGGGGGGGGGGGGGGGGGGGGGGGGGGGGGGGGGGGGGGGGGGGGGUGGGGGGGGGGGGGGGGGGGGGGGGGGUGGGGGGGGGGGGGGGGGGGUUGGGGGGGGGGGGGUGGGGGGGGGGGUGGGGGGGGGGGGGGGGGGGGGGGGGGGGGGGGUGGUGGGGGGGGUGGUGGGGGGGGGGGGGGGGGGGGGGGGUGGGGGGGGGGGGGGGGGGGGGGUGGGGGGGGGGGGGGGUGGGGGGGGGGGGGGGGGGGGGGUGGGGGGGGGGGGGGCUGGGGGGGGGGGGGGGGGGGUGGGGGGGGGGGGGGGGGGGGGGGGGGGGGGGGUGGGGGGGGGGGGGGGGGGGGGGGCGGGGGGGGGGGGGGGGGGGGGGGGGGGGUGGGGGGGGGGGGGGGGGGGGGGGGGGGGGGGGGGGGGGGGGGGGGGGGGGGGGGGGGGGGGGGGGGGGGGGGGGGGGGGGGGGGGGGGGGGGGGGGGGGGGGGGGGGGGGGGGGGGGGGGGGGGUGGGGGGGGGGGGGGGGGGGGGGGGGGGGGGGGGGGGGGGGGGGGGGGGGGGGGGGGGGGGGGGGGGGGGGGGGGGGGGGGGGGGGGGGUGGGGGGGGGGGGGUGGGGGGGGGGGGGGGUGGGGGGGGGGGGGGGGGGGGGGGGGGGGGGGGGGGGGGGGGGGGGGGGGGGGUGGGGGGGGGGGGGUGGUUGGGGGGGGGGGGGGGGGGGGGCGGUUGUCUAAGGUGGGUUGUGGCGGAGGGGUGUAUGUGGCGUGGGGGGUGUGGUACGGGGGGGGCCGCCGGCGUGAGGGUGGUAGGGGGGGCUGCAGUAAAGGGGGGGGCGGGUUGUGGGGUGGGGGUGGGGGGGGGUGGGAGAGCUGGGGGUGGGGGGGGGGCGGGGCCGGGGGUGCAGGGUGGUGUGGGGGCGGCGGGGGGGGGUGCUUCCGGGGGGUAG